ACUGCUUAAAACAUGUUUUUUUCGUUAAUGUAUAUAAGGUAGAAUAUAGUGGCUAUACAUUUGUCAGAUUUGCAGCCUUUAUUUUGGUCCAAUAGAAUUGAAUGCACGCGAUGUUAUCGUUCAAAAGCAUUUAUCUCCCCUCGGCAUGUGCAUGCAGCUCGCAGCCUAUUGACGUUCGAGAAUAAAUGAUUCCGAUCGUAGAGGCAGAUAAUAACAGCAAAUGAUGCAUCAUCCUCUUCCUUCACUGCACUGAUACUGAAGCUCAAAUUCACUGAUCAAAUUCAGUAAACCGGUUGGAUAUUUCCGUUGAGAAUCUGAUAAGAGUCCCGGAGCGCACAGUAAUAACGGAGGACUAAUGGCCACGUCUGAACCGACAGCCACUGGCGGGGACCAGGACCCCAACUCUGCCAAUUUACGACCUUCGUCUACAAACUAUGACGCGUGGAUGCAAGGCUGCACGCGGAAACUGGGUUUGAAGAUCUGUGGGUUCCUGCAGAAGAACAACAGUCUCGGGGAGGAAGGCCGGCUCGCAGGCUCACUCUCAGAACGCCAGAAGAACCUGUAUUCCUGUGACAACAGCGACCGGGAUGCCCGUUUCCUCCGCACUGAGACCGAUUUUUCCAACAUGUUUGCGAGAGACUUACUUCCCGCCAAAAACGGAGAAGAGGCGACUAUGCAGUUCUUGUUGGAACUUGUGGGCAUCCUCACCAACUACGUCAGGAAGACGUUUGACCGUUCCACCAAGGUUCUGGACUUCCACCACCCUCACCAGCUGCUCGAGGGCAUGGAGGGAUUCAACCUCGAGCUCUCUGACCAGCCAGAGUCCCUCGAGCAGAUCCUCGUGGACUGCAGGGACACGCUCAAGUACGGCGUGCGAACAGGUCAUCCACGGUUCUUCAACCAGCUGUCUACAGGGCUGGACAUCAUUGGGCUGGCUGGGGAGUGGCUCACCUCCACAGCCAACACCAACAUGUUCACCUAUGAGAUCGCUCCAGUGUUUGUCCUGAUGGAGCAGCUGACGUUGAAGAAGAUGAGAGAGAUGAUUGGCUGGCCCUCGGGAGAGGGGGACGGCAUAUUCUCACCAGGGGGCGCCAUCUCUAACAUGUACAGUGUGAUGAUUGCUCGCUACAAGUACUUCCCAGAGGUCAAGACCAAGGGCAUGUCUGCCGCUCCCCGCCUGGUGCUCUUCACAUCAGAACAUAGCCACUACUCUAUCAAGAAGGCCGGGGCAGCUCUGGGCUUUGGUUCUGAGAACGUGGUCCUGCUGAGCACAGAUGAGAGGGGGAGAGUUAUUCCUGCUGAUCUAGAAGCUAAGAUCCUCGAUGUCAAGCAGAAGGGUUACCAUCCUCUGUUUGUGAAUGCUACAGCUGGUUCUACAGUCUACGGAGCAUUUGACCCCAUCAAUGAGAUCGCUGACAUCUGUGAAAAAUACGACAUGUGGCUGCACGUAGACGGUGCAUGGGGAGGUGGUCUUCUGAUGUCCAGGAAGCAUCGCCAUAAGUUCAGCGGAGUAGAGAGGGCUAACUCUGUCACAUGGAAUCCUCACAAGAUGAUGGGAGUGCCUCUACAGUGCUCCGCCAUCCUAGUCAGAGAAAAGGGUAUUCUGUCAGGCUGUAACUCGAUGUGUGCUGGGUACCUGUUCCAGCCCGAUAAACAGUAUGAUGUCAGCUAUGACACGGGAGACAAGGCCAUCCAGUGUGGCCGACACGUUGACAUCUUCAAGUUCUGGCUCAUGUGGAAGGCCAAGGGCACUAUAGGGUUUGAGCAGCACAUUGACAAGUGUCUGGACCUGUCUCAGUACCUCUACGACAAGAUCAGAAACAGACAGGGAUACGAGAUGGUGUUCCAGGGAGUGCCCCAGCACACCAACGUGUGUUUCUGGUACAUCCCACCCAGUCUGAGAGGCUUGGAACACAACAGUGAGGAGUAUCGAGAAAAACUUCACAAGGUGGCGCCCAAGAUCAAGGCAAUGAUGAUGGAGUCAGGGACGACCAUGGUGGGCUACCAGCCUCAGGGCCAGAAGGUCAAUUUCUUCCGCAUGGUCGUCUCCAACCCCGCAGCCCUCCAGUCAGACAUCGACUUCCUCAUUGACGAAAUCGAGAGGCUGGGGCAUGACCUGUAAACAGUGCCACCCCAGUGGGCAGAGGCCAAAAUUGUAGUUUUCAAUGUUUUACCUGUGACCAUAAGAAUCGGCUCUCGUGUGUGUGUGUGUGUGUGUAAAUACAAAGAAAUGCUUGAGAGCAUAAAUAGUAUAGUGUACACAUGUUGCCCCCAGAACAGCCUCAAUUGGUCGGGAAUGGACUCCACAAGGUGUCAAAUGUUCCACAGGGAUGCUGACCCAUGUUGACUCCAAUGCUUCCCACAGUUGUGUCAGUUGGCUGGAUGUCCUUUGGGUUGUGGACCAUUCUUGAUACACACAAGAAACUAUUGAGUGUGAAAAACCCAGCAGCUUUGCAGUUCUUGACACAAACAGGUGUGCCUAGCACCUACUGCCAUACCCUGUUCAAAGGCACCUACAUCUUUAGUCUUGCCCAUUCACCCUCUGAAUGGCAUACAUACGCAAUCCAUGUCUCAAUUGUCUCAAGGCUUAAAAAUCCUUAUUUAACCUGUCUCCUCCUCUUCAUCUACACUGAUAGAAGUGUAUUUAACAAGUGACAUCAAUAAGGGAUCAUAGCUUCACCUGGAUUCAGCUGGUCAGUCUAUGUAAUGGAAAGAGCAGGUGUUCUUAAUGUUUUGUACACUCAGUGUAUUGUGAUAUUAUGAUAUAUGAGAUACUUAAUUUGAGCUCAGUGUAUAUAUAGGAUCCUUCUAGAGCCAGAUGUACCAACUCAAAGUGUUAAACCUUGAACUCCAGUGUGUGUUUUGUGGAGGUGUGUGUGUGUAACAGUGUGUGUACCCUGUGCUGUAACCUAAUGCUGUAUUGAACUUUGAACCAUGACCUUAGUGUUAACUGUCAGAUGACGUUGCCCCUGUAUACUGAUCUAGGGUCACUGUUAUGUUUUUCUCCCUUAUGGUUAAUAGUAGGGUUUGGGGGAGGGUGCGCUGAUCCUAGAUCUUUGACUAAAAGCGACUUCUACUUGCAGCGUGUAGAAAACGAUCUCCUUGCGUGUGUGAAACAAGCAUACAGUAUGGGUCUGUGCUAUCCGGGUUCAUUGGGACCUCCCUACCCUAAACCCUAACCCCGUACCCUAACCUUAACCAUAAUCAUAACCCUUACCCAAUCCUAAACCUUUACUUAACCAUUUCAAAGUUCUAAUUCAAUGGGGUAACGACGUUCCAAGUAUCCCGGAUAGCAAGGACCAAACAGUAUGUGACCAUUUUUGAAAAUGUUUAAAUAUUAACACGAAAAUGAUAUAUAUAAAUAUGUUUAAUUUAUAGCAUUACGAGUGUUUUAAAAGUCAGGUAUUUUCUUCCAUUUGUAUGAGUAUCUUUGAUUGAUAUUCUAUAGCCUGUAAUCUGUAGAUUCUAAUAAUAAUUCAUCAAUUAUAUUAUAGUGAAUUUGUGAGCCAAAGAAAGUGAAUAUUUUGCAGUAAUCAGAUUGUCUGUAUGAUACGUAAGUAAUUAUUAUGAGAUUAUAAAGAAAUAGAUCUUGUCUGACAGGAAUAUAGUUACAUGAAUGUAAUAUACUAACUUAUACUGUCUGUAUUAUAUACCUUCAGCGUUUUGGGAACUCAUUGGUAAAUCAAAGAGCUUCGGUUCGUCUCUUUGCACAAUACUAUCCUUUUUUAUUUACUUCAUUUGAAAUGGAUGUGUAUUGCAGUAAGUUAAGAAUUAUGUCAUUAUAAAUAUAUCUUUAUGGUAUCUUUUUAUGGGACCAGCUAAGUAAACUGCACAAUGACCUAAAUCAUGUGACCAAUUUGGAUGUGUAUGAAGCCGUAGUGGGAGGUUUGUCCUUAGGAAGGUACAGGAGGCACUUUAACUCAUAAUCAGGCUAUGUUGCAGCUACAAUAAAGUCUGUCUGUUGUUUCAACUGUU